CGCGCGUCCCUCCGAUCGACCGAGCCACCAGCCGCCCCGCGAGCUCGACUCACGUCCAUCUAUCCAUGGGCAAUGCUGUCGCCAUGAGCCGUCGUGUCCAGAUGUCCGUCAUGACGACGGCCGGCAAUGUCCUGGAGCUGGACGUCCGGACCACGGACACCGUCGGCCACGUCAAGAAAAACAUCCACCGCGAGCUGGGCGUGCCCCCGCCCCGGCAGCGCCUGGUCCUCGACGGGAAGGUGCUGCAGGACGGGUGCACACUGGCGUCCUACGGCGUCGGCGCCGCCGGGAAGGCGGAGUGCUCCUGCUGCCGCCUCCACCUCGCCGUCCGCCGCUGGGGUCCCGGAUGGAUGGAGAUCUUCGUGAAGGUGCCGAGCGGCAAAACCCUCAGCGUCAUGGUCGAGCGAUCGGACACCGUCGGGAGCGUCAUGGAGAAGGUCCGUGAGAAGGAGGGCGUCCCGCUCGACCGGCAGCGCGUCGUCUACGCCGGGAAGCAGCUGGAGGACGGCCGCACCUUGGCGGAGUACAACGUGAUGAAGGAGUCAACGCUCUGCGUGAUCCUCCGUCUCGGUGGUCCUCACAAGUGCGCUGAUUUUGCUGGGAGAAGCAACUGUCAUGGACUUAUAUAGACAGGCAUUCUGCUCAGCAGUCUCAGUAGUCAACAGAGUAGGUAUUUGACCCAACUGACCAAAAAUUCAAGGUGUCAAGAUAAAAUUGAAAAAAAAAACUAUGUAAAAUAAAAACAAUC